AUGGCAACGGCUUUGUCCAUGACUCACUCCGUGGUGACCGCGUCGACUGUAACCCACUCCAAGACAACCGACUGCGGGUUAAUCGGUAGACACUCUUCCCCAGUCGUCCCGGCUCCUGCAAUCAACAACUCGGGAAGCAACGCUCAACCGACCGUACACUCCCUCUACUCGUCCACUUCCUUCCUCUCUAACUCCUCAGCUGAGCAGCAGUCCGACACGAGUCUAUUGCUGCUGCAAUCACAAUCGUAUCAUUUCCGUACUUUUCAACCACGACAGCGAGUCAACAUCGCACUUCGAACCACCGGUGCUCCCCACAGUUUCGGAACCCCAACGUGCUUCCGAACCGACGAGGGAGACCCGGACAUUCUCCUACCUCACCAUCCACAUAUCUCAACUCCGUCCCAUGGGACCUCAUCCAACCCUGCUUCAAGCUUCUUCGAUACCCGAUACGGGCCGUGGGCCAAUGCCAUGAUGGAGCGACAAACCAUGAAAAGCUUACAAGAAAGAAUCUUCAAAGAACAAGCUGGCGGCGGCGGCGGCGACAGCGGCGGAAGAGGCGGGGACGAUGACGACGGGAAAGGCGGCGACGGCGGGGGAGACGGCGGAGACGACGGCGAUGAGGGGAACCGGCGGAGCGCCAAUCAGAUUGACGCGCUGCCGUUUCUCAGCCUGGCGUUCGCCGCGUUACACGCGUGCUACUGUAUCGUUAUAGGCUUGAAGGAGAAGGUUCUGCCGCCGGAUUUCCUUCGCACGGCUGCCGGGCUCUCCUCGUUGCUCAUCGCUUCGGCCCUUCGCCUGAACUCAACGCGGUACGGGUUCGACUCUUACGUGCUGGGCCUUGGGGCAUCCGUUGGCGUUUCUGUGUGGUCAGCUGAACGCUGCUUUCUGCGAAAGGAGCCCUCCCCGUCGGGCGUGGCUGCGCUCUGCUCGGCAAUCAUGGCAGCACUGUACACUUGUGCCCUGUACCGCACUGUAUAA